GCGGCCGGCCAGAUGCCCGUCGGAGCACAGCAACUACCGCCUACGGCGAAUCCUUACGCCACCACCACCUACGCACAGCACGCGUCGUAUGGUGGACAACGGGUGCCUACAGCCUCUUCUCCAGCUAAUACUAAUAGUAGUUCUAGCAGUGCUACUGGCAGUCGAAGCGGGACAAUGAGCACAAGUCUUAGCAAUAAUGCUAUACAAGGACAGCAUGCAGAACAACUAUCAAAAACAAAUUUGUAUAUCCGUGGCCUCAACCAAAAUACAACUGACAAGGACCUCGUUAGCAUGUGUUCUCAAUAUGGAACUAUUACUUCUACGAAGGCAAUUUUGGAUAAAAAUACGAAUAAGUGUAAAGGUUAUGGAUUUGUAGACUUUGAGUCACCAGUGGCGGCAGAGGGUGCUGUGAAAGCACUGGUCGCCAAGGGCAUCCAAGCGCAGAUGGCGAAAGUGGGUAUCUGGUUGCUCCCUAGACUGCCCAGUCAACAGGAGCAAGACCCCACCAAUUUGUAUAUUGCAAACCUGCCACUGAGCUUCAAAGAAAAUGAUGUUGAGAGUUUACUUGCUCAGUAUGGGCAAGUUAUUUCAACGCGUAUAUUACGCGAUACUGCUGGACAAAGUAAAGGCGUUGGAUUUGCAAGAAUGGAGUCCAAAGAAAAAUGUGAACAGAUAAUUCAGAUGUUUAAUGGAAAGGCACUAUCAGGGGCUAAAGACCCCCUAUUGGUGAAAUUCGCUGAUGGCGGUAAUAAGAAAAAAUCAUUAUACAAAAGUACAAUAUGGAGAGAAACCGGAGAGAACAUGACUUUGAAUUACGAUACAAGCGGCGUUGGUCAAAACGGGGUUGCAACUACUCACAUGCUACCCGCAGCCACUUUAACACAAUAUAGUCGCCAUUAUGGCCAAGCUUUACCUGGUUACAGUGUACCAGGAACGCCUUGGGUGACUCCUUAUUUGGUGCAGACAGCCCCUCCACACAUGCAACAGGUCGACAUGAUGCCAUCAGCUGAUCCUAGUAACCCACAGUACAGUAUGAUUCCUCAGCUUACUACACAAAUGUCUACAUUACAUCUUGGCACUGGUUCCUACAUAGCAGCAAGCCCGCAUCCCUAUCCUUAUACUACUUACCCUCCUAGCAUUAUUCAUACCAUGCCAUUGGGUGAUUCUGAACAAACAAGUAACGCGGCAUCUCCUGAUGACUCCUAUCAACAAUACCAAGCUCAGCAGCCCAAGUAGGCUACGGUUUUUAGAUAUGAUUACACCGAGGGUUAUGUAAGUUAGGAGAGCCACACCUGUUGAUACGAAGGAUUAUAUUAAUGAAGAAUAGAUGAGACUAAAUACAUUACAUAAAGUCAGAUAAGAUUCUUCCUCAUGAUAAUUGACUUGCCAGCCAUCUUUUAUACAUUUUAUCCAUCAGAUAAAUAGGUGAAAGUAGUUAAUAUUUUCCAACGAUUAGAGAAUGAAUGUUGUCAUAAGAAGGGGUACGAGUGCUCGUGUCAUCUACAUUGUUCGGCACCAGCACGGCUCCAUACGCUGUAACGCCAACACAUCAUUACGACAGUGACAAAACUGAUAUUCUGCGACGGACAGUUUAGUGUCAAGCUGAUAGGCUUCCAGGAUUAACUUUAGGUAUUACAUUUACUAAGGAGACGAUAAGUCGAAGCUGAACGCUUGAGAGUGUGAAUAAAUAUUUUAACAAAAACUGUAAACUAUAAAAGAAACGCUGCUCAGAAAUAUACAAAGGAGAAUUCUUCCCAAGAAAUAAUAAUAAUAAUAAUAUACAGAGAAAAAAAAAGCACUUCCAAUGCUAGAGUUGAUAAAAAAAAAACAUUCAGAUUCAGUUAAUUGUAAUCAGUACCUACCGGACUCGUGCCAGCUGGCUGGCCGGUGGCUGGGCUGCGAAGAGAAGAGACAUCGAUCAGUGUUUUUUUUAACGAAGAUGCUGAAAAAAGAACUCUUCCUUAACAGCGCACACCACCCCAUCCGCUAACUGCACUCUCAUCACAUUAUUUCUUUUUGUUUUCUUCUGUUUCGUUCAGACAUUCCAAGCCAGGCACAUAUAUUGUAUGUAUGUAUUGCCACGCGGAGAUUUUUAUCUACUUUUACAAGUACAGUUCACGUUCUCUUUUUAAUCACGGACGAAUAUAUUUUAUGGACGAAAAAGAAGCGAAGAUUUUAAGAGAGAGAGAGAGAGCGAG